AUGCCGAAAAAAGGUAAAGGUGGCAAAAACAAGCGUCGUGGGAAAAACGAAUCAACUGAGUUCAAACGAGAGCUCACUUUUAAAGAAGAUGGGCAAGAAUACGCACAAGUGCUCAGGAUGCUUGGAAAUGGCCGCUUAGAAGCUUACUGUUUUGAUGGUGUAAAGCGUCUUUGCCACAUUAGAGGUCAGAUGAAAAGAAGAGUGUGGAUAGGGAUGGAUGACAUUGUCUUAGUCGGUUUGAGGGACUAUCAAGACUCAAAAGCUGACAUCAUUCUUAAAUACACACCUGAUGAGGUCAGAAACUUAAAAUCUCUUGGUGAGCUACCUGAAAAUCUAAAAGUAGCAGAAAACCAAGAAGAAGAUCCAAACGACCACAUCCAAUUCGCCAGAAUGACCAAUGUUGAAGAAGAAGACAGCGAUUACAGCGACGAAGAGCGAAAAAGCGAUAUAGAUAUAGAAAAUAUAUAA